AUGGGCAACAGCAACUGGCCCAGAUACAGAACGGCUGAGUUCCCCCUCCCCAGCGAAUCAGCACUUCUCCCCAGCAAGCUCGUGCUCUUAACCAGUUGGCUGCCACUCCCCCCACACUCAAAGCACAGAACCAUGCCGCUGCCAAUCGAGACCCCUGCCCCAAAGGCUUCUUCGAUCAUCAAGCGUUUCCAGCAGACUAUCGACAAUCUCGAUGGUCAACCAGCCCUGCCGCUGCCCAAGCCACGGCUGAGCCAAGACCCAGAGGAGAUCGCCCAGAAUCGCAGGUCGUGGAGUGUCGGCAGUGGCGGCGCACCGCUCCCGCUCAACCAGGUCGCCUGGACCGCCCCUCCAGGCAGCCAGCUCUCAAAAUCGUCCGACGCCGCGCGAUCCGAAGCCGACCCCCAGUCCAGCCCCUUCAGCUCCCAUCUCAUCAACACUUGCCGGUCCCCACAAUCACUCGCCGAUAACAACAAAGCCGAUCCAACCAUCCCUUCCCAGCUCGACAUCCCCCUCACCCCGCCCAUCCACCAAUCCCCAGAUCUUUCCAGGCUGGCCGACCUAUCCCAGUCCGAUCUGGCCGUCCAGAAACCCCCGUCCAGCGCGACUAACAACACCAAAGCAGCCUCACCCCGGCCCAAAGUCAAAGCAACCAUCUCCUCCGAUGCCCGUCAAAUCGUUCGUUCCCGCAAACAGACCAACAUCACCGCCCCAACGGCUGCCUCACUAGCCAAGAUCAGAGCGUCUGAUAACGCUCGCUCCCAAUCUCAGUCCAACGGCCCAACCACCAGAAAUCAGCCAACCAACACUCCGGCUGGAGCCCUGGGUGCGAACAACCUGCCCAAGAGUGCGUCUACCCAGAGAAUCGCAAAGCCGCCCAGCUCUGCCUCAAAGCCUGCCGCUGUCAGGAAAGACUCCGAUCCGGCCCAUCUUCGAGACAUCCGAGCGGCCAGCGCGAGUACGCCCAAGGAACGGACACGGAUGGAGAGCAUCAGGGCAUCAACACCAGCCCCCUCAACCGCGUUCAAGAAAUCGGUGAUUGCCAAGACCAAAGUGCCCCCUUUGCCCAACUUUGGCCCUGCUCCGCCAGCCAACGCGAAGACAGCGCCCCCUUCACCUGCACCGCCCGUCAAGCUCACCAGACGAGUCAUAUCAGCCGAUCCACAAAAAUCAACCAAGCCAGCACCCGCACCGAGCAAUCCCACUGGCUCGGCCACCAAACCAAUAGACAAACGACCCCUCCAACGCACCCGAGUCGCCAGUGUGGCCACACCGAUCUCGAGUGGGAUCAAAAAAUCACCUAGUCUCAAAUCUAGUGCUGCCCAGCCUUCCGCCCGGGUAGCGAGUGCGGCCAGCCCGAAGCUGACGGUCACUGGCACGAGCGGGAUGACCCGCACGCCCGACUUGAGCACCCCGAAGGCUAAGACUCGCACAUCCUCCGUCAAAGGCUCUUCGACGACCGUUAGGAAAUCACCCAUCUUGCCUAGCGUGCCCUUUCCCGAAGGUUCAUCGGACCAAGCCUCCAUCAAAUCGGCCAAGAAACCCUCGAGCGCGGUGACUUCUGGAAAGAGCCGAUCGGCCUCCCGAACUCCGACCCAGCUCAUGAAUGAGAGCCCGCCAACUAAAGAAUCUAACGAUGUUGAAGCUGCGGGUCAAGAUCCAGUCACAAGCGUGGAAGAGGGGACCGAGGGGCUAGAGGCUGCUCUGGGCAGUUCGGCAGAGGAGACCAGCGUACCUGCUGGAGAAGCCGCCAAGGAGCCCGAGGCGAGCGUGACGGAGGGUGUCGAAGAUCCAGUGCCCAGCUUGGCCGAUCGAGAUGUCGAUCCGAGUGCUAUAGGAGAGCACGCCGAGCCUCCGACGGUCGCGGUCGUCGACAUCAAAGCGGCCAAGGAGGACCAGGAGGACCAGGAGGAGGUGGGAAUGGUGCUCGAAGAACUCGAGGGCCUCAAACUGGCCCAUCUGCCACUCGAGCAGCUCCACAAACAUCAUCGUCUGCCUGAGGCGGCUGACGAGGACGAGUCUUCUAGGCCGGACUUCGAUGCCUCGACGACCACUAACACCGACGGCGAAGAAUAA